AUGGCCACCACCAUACCACCCUCCUCAACAACCCCCUCCUCCACCACCCUCCGCGCGGAGCUCAAAGAAUGGGAACGAGCAUUCGCCGACGCCAACGGAGGCAGAAAGGCCGAUCGAAGUGACAUCAAGAAGGUACCUGAGAUUGCCGCCAAAUACAAAGAAUAUUCCCGCCUCAAAGCCCUCGAGACAUCAUCCUCUACCAGCAUACCCACCAACCCAACAGAGGAAAACGCCCGACACCACAAAAGGAAACGGAAACACACCUCCCCGCAUGGGUCUUCGGAUAACCUCUCCACCCCACGGAAGAAGACAGACAAAAGCGGGGGGACCGGGGCCUUUGAGACGCCAUCCAGAAAAUCGACCUCUCAUCCGGCGGAGGUCGAUCCGUACGACUCGCCGUCGGUGUUGCGGCGGCUUUUCAGCCCGAGCACGCACCUGUCGCCGCUGAAGGCGGCGAUCGGGCCGACGCCGCAGCGCGAUGGCAAGGCGCUGGGGCUUUUUGAUCUGUUGUCGGAGUCCGGUGGGAGUACGGCGACGCCGUCGGCGACGAGGAUUGCUGGUUUGAAGGAGGCGAGUGUGCGGACGCCGUCGAGGCGGAGGAGAUCCCUGAACAAGAAGAGGGAGACGAUGGAUACGAUUGCGGAGGAAGGGGAGGAAGCGGAAAAUGAUGGGGAGAGUGAGGAUGUCGAUGAUGAUGAUGAUGAUGAUGAGAGUUCGAGGCUGGGGAGGACGCCGACUUCGUCGGGGAAGAAGUGGAUGCUGUCGACGCUGUUUGCUACUCCGACUACUUGGCGGUAUGCGACGAUGAUGGAUGAUGGGUCUAAUAAGGGAAUUGCUGCUGCUGCUGUUGCGGAAGCGACGGCCGGGGGGGCGGCAGAGGGAGCAUCAGUGGCGGCAGUGGAUGAGCCGAACGACCCUGGGUCGGAGACUCCCUCGUUUCUGCGGCGGUCGACGUCGGGACGGUACGAUACCUCAAACAUCACGGGUGGAUUGAGCCCGAUGGCCACGCGGAAACGACCCCAGUUCGUCGGGAAAGGGCUCUCGGCUUUGGUGAAGGGUUUGCGGGACAUGGAAGAGGAGCAGUUGGAGGACGAUAUGGAUGUUCUACGAGAAAUCGAGGCCGAGCAGGCGGCUAUGAUGGACGCGGCGCAGGUGGCCGAUAGCCAGGCCGCAGCUGAGAACGAGGGCGCUCCCGUCUGGAAGAAGAAGGGCCAGAAGCGGACUACCCGCAAGGUGCGCAUGAAGCCGGUGGUUUCAACGUCGAGGCAGGCUGCGCCCGAGCUGCCGUCUUUUUCGGAUGAAGAGGAGGAAGACGGCGAGAGGGAUAAUGGCCCUGAUGGGGGGGUCACCGCCGUCCGGGAAACUCAGCAGCUCGUAGCCCCCGGCCCUCUGGACCGGAGCCACAUCGACAUUCCUGACUUCGACGACCUCGAUUCGUUACACACCAUGUCGGAACCGGACCUGUCUGACUUCGACCCGGACUACGACGAAGGAUCCCGGCCUCGAGAGAAGGGCAAGAGCUUCUCCGAGAAGAUGAAGGAGGCCAUCGCGGCCGGCAAACCGCCGGCAACAGAGACUCCGGAGAAACCACCUGUACGACCUCAGGCGCAGGCAAAGGACCCCGAGCCCAAACAGCCGCGUGCACGCAAGGUCAAUCCGGAGGCGCACGCCAACUACCGGUCGUUGAAAAUCCGAAACAAGAACUUCAAGGGACGAGGCGGCGGGCGCUUCGGCAGGCGACGUUGA